GGAGAGUCCAGUGGAACAGGGAGGACACUAGGACCCCGAGGGGUCUGAGACAGGACUCCAUUCUAUUAAAAAGCACUGAGUACCGUGGAGCGAGCCAGAGAACGUCUCCCACACUGAGAACAGACUCACUGGCACACAGCACAGCACAGCACAGCACAGCACAGCCGGACACAGGGAUACAACCCCGGACAGCCUCUCUCCAGAGACCUCAACACCAGCUCCAGGGGCUUGGGUCUGAACCUCUCAUAGAAAUGGGAAUUAGUUGGAGAGACAAACUGGUACAUUGGAAGAGAACAAAACGUGAUUUGAUUUAAAGUAGACAGACUGGCAAAUUGACCAGGUGCGUCCCUGAUAUGUUUCGACAAGCAAGAGCCAACUUUCCCUCCUCCUCUACCUUCCUCCUCCUCCUCUUCCUCUAUCUCUCCCUACUGGGUCCCUCCCUCCCUACUGGGUCUCCCCGUCACCCCCACAUCCCCUCCCUGGUGCCCCACGCCACCCUGGUCCUCUCCAGCCCUCGCUUCAGCACCCAGCCCCAGCUGGACUUCACCACGUACUGCAACUCCAGCUGCUACCAGCAGGGGGAGCUGCCUCCCAGCCGGGAGUCCCUGAGAGAGAGGCUGGCCUACGAGACUCUGUACGCUGACGGCAGGCGCACCCUGACCACCGUGGACCUGGAGGAGGAGGGGGAGGGCGCCGUAGCUCAGCCUCCACCCACCACGGGGCGCCCCGUUCCCGCUCCCCACCGGAGGUGCAAGCGUCAGAUCUACGGGGCGGACGGCCGUUUCAACAUCAGGGGAAACAACUUCCUGCUGGACUACCCGUUCUCCACAGCCGUGCGCAUCUCCACGGGCUGCACCGGGGUGCUGGUGUCAGAGAGCCACGUCCUCACAGCCGCCCACUGCGUGCAUGAUGGGAAGGAUUACGUCAAGGGCGCUCGCAAGCUGAGAGUGGGCAUCCUGGUGCCCCCCGGCAACGCCACCCGGACCGGGCGCCCCUCCUCCUCUGCCAGGCCUGUGAAGACGCCGGCCGUGCGCUGGGUCAGGGUGAAGAGAACCCGAGUCCCCAAAGGCUGGAUCCAGGGCCCCCAGGAGAUCAGCAUGGACUUCGACUACUCCCUCCUGGAGCUGCGUUGGCCCCACAAGCAGCCCUACAUGCGGCUCUCAGUGGCCCCCUCCUCGAAGGACCUGGCUGGGAAGCGGAUCCACUUCUCUGGGUUUGACAGCGACCGCCCCGGGGAGCUGGUGUAUCGGUUCUGCCCGGUGGAGGACGAGUCCAACGAUCUGAUCUACCAGCACUGUGAUGCCCGGCCGGGGGCCAGCGGCUCGGGGGUGUACGGGCGCGUGUGGGACCCUGUUGCAGAGCGCUGGGAGAGGAAGGUCAUCGGCGUCUUCUCCGGACACCAGUGGCUGGAGGUCAACGGGGAGAACCACGACUUCAACGUGGCUGUGCGUCUCACACCGCUCAAGUUUGCACAGAUCUGCUACUGGGUUAGAGGGAACCACGUGGACUGCCAGCAGGACUGAGACCGGGAAGCACCCCUGCCUCCCUGAACCGAACCCAAACUCUGGACUAAACAGAGCAAACAUCAAACUUCUCAAACGUAAAGAAGCAGGACAGCAGAAGAGCAGCCUCCUGAAGGCUUGGGUUUGUUUUUCUUUGUUAGGCUGUCUUUUGCUUUAUUUUAUUUUUUUAAACUUUAAAGCACUUUCUUGAUCUAAUUAAAGUAUGAGCAAAACUGUGAUCCCAGUCUCAGAUCUAACAGUUAAGCAGUUCAGCAAUUAUGCUCCUAUGAUGGGUCAUCAAUAACUACUGAACACUCCAUAGUGUUAAGUUAAAAAAAAAUUAACACUAUUGAGUUAAGUUUGUCUUAACUAGAAGUCCACCUUUCUAAGCUCUCCUGCUCUGCUCGACAGGGUCACAAUGCCUCAGCUGUAUCCACUGAGCCUCUCUGCCUCCCUGUGUCAGUGGGUGCUUGGCACAGAAUAAUCUCUCUCUGAUCCUACCACUGCAACACAGCCCUUCUUUGAUAGAUUAGGAAAGAAAGAUUGUUGGAUGUGUUGAUUCUCUUAAAAACCGUCUCCUGAUGGAAUGUUUCUUGCAAUGUUUUUUGAAAAGAAAAAAGGCUUUAUCUAUUUUAAUAAACUAAAUUUUAAACUG